UACAGAAUCUGAGCAAGUAGAACAACAAAAUCUCUUGAACAGUUUAGCCUAAAUAUCCCCUGCUCUUUUGAAACAGCCCAAGUACCUAACCGCAAAUAGUUUUCCCGCUGUUUCGUCACCUGUCAGGUGGUGCGAAGGCAGUUAAUCAACAGACACAGUCCAUGUGGAUCCGUUCCUGGGCAAAACCUUUACAAUGGCUCUCGCGGCCCUCCUGUGGGAGAUGGCUCGACUGUGGUGGUCUAAUAUGAGCGGUGCGGUUCUGAUGGUCUCCGUGGCGGCGGUAGGACUGUGGUUGGCAGUGUUUUAUCUGAGCGACAGGAAGAAGAAAAGGAAUCUAUGGCAGCAAGCAGGACGGGACGUGAUCGUGGUACACUGUCCUUCUCCGGGUCGUUUCACCCCGAACUUGUCACCUUUUGUCCUGAAGCUGCUCACCUUUCUGCGCCUUGCUGGCCUACCGCAUUUGGUGGACCACAAAGAACCAUUCGGGCCGAAAGGUAAAACUCCAUGGAUUACUCUCAAUGGCGAGGACUUUACUGAUUCUCACCUGAUCAUAGAUAGGCUGUCUCGUCAGUAUAACAUUGAUUUGACAGACUCCUUCACGGAAGAACAGAAAGCGGCUGCAAAGGCUUUUACUAUUAUGAUUGACGAGCAUGUUUGCUGGUGCUUGAGGGCGUGGCGUUUCAACGAGGACGGCGGCAGGAACCUGAAGGAGGGAAUGAGCUUACCUUUCUACAAACGGCUUCUCUUCCCUCUGUUCAUAUGGCAACAGCGGAAUGCACUGUGGCACCAGGGCGUGGGUCGCCACUCGCACGACGCGGUGAGGGCAAUGAUGAAGGAAGACCUGCUGGCUCUCUCGAAGUACCUCGGUAACAAACCCUUUCUGAUGGGUGACACGGCAUGUGUAGUGGACUGUUCUAUGUUCGCUUUCUUAGCAAACAUUUUGUAUAACUACAAUCGUUCUCCAUACUAUGCUGUCAUAAAUGAAGAGCUGGCGAAUUUACGGCCGUACGUAGACCGUCUGAAGAGCCAGCUGUGGCCAGACUGGGACGAGUGUCUGGCGUCGGCUUGACCUCCCGCGCGGCCCGGCUCGUCCUGCGCCGCCCCUUGCGCGCUCUUCUUGGAUAUUUGUCAUUUUCUGUGAAAUAAAUAUAUAUUUUU